AUGGAUCAUGCCACUCAAGAGGAUGUGAACGAGGAAAGCCGAAAGGCCAAAACUGGCCAUACCGUGGUUCUGCAAAAACUGGGCGAAGAGCUGGAGGUUGCGGAGGAUGAGAUUCAACGCCUGCGAGUGGUCUCCGCAGAGCUUUCGGCAGAGCAGCGACGUGAGCUUUGGCCGCAAGCUCUUCAGCAGCUCUGCGACAAGUCAGGCGCGUCGAAGUUCAAGGAGAAGGUGCGGCAACUGCUGAAGGGCCCUCCGCCGGGCAAUGUCCGCAUCACUGUGGGCCCCGUGAUUGGGAAAGUCACAGAGUCAUCGGCUCGCAUUCUUGUCGAGGCGAGUCACGACGUCGAAAGGUUCA